AUGAACUCGGCGAAUUCGACGGCAGGCGUCGCGUUCGCUUGCGGCUUGCGCCCUCGCUGGGAGACCGUUUUAGACCUAAGAGGCGGCCUCUACGGUGAGGAGAGAACGGGUUGUCGUCCCAAUCGUCGGGGUCUCGAGCUUUUGCUCGGGAGAUAUCUUCACCGUAGAUAUAAACAAGGAAGUUCUUCUUUAAGUAGUAUCAAGUAUUAUAAGAAUAAGAACAAGAACAGAACGGGAACGAGAGUUAAAGUAAUAGUGCACCUAGGAGAAGAAAUAGCUGAGACGAAAAGAAGAAAUAAAUACGGUAAUAAUGUCCAAGAAUAUUUAUUUUUAGGCGGGAAGAAAUCUAGUGAGAAGAAAUGGGAGGACGAGGAAAUAGUUGUCAGUGCACUUGCUGGGGAAGAUGUAAUUGUCGAGUUGAAAUUAAACCCCGAAGAUUCUCGAGAUCCUCAACACUUUUUACUUACCUAA